AUGGCAUCAACUAGUAAACUUGAAAGCAAAAAGAUCAAUGGCACUGUUGUCCUUGUGAAAAAGAGAGCUUUAGAGCUUGUUCCAUCGGAAGUGGUUCAACAGCAAACUUAUGAGAUUCUUGGAGACAAGGUUAUACUGCAGCUUAUCUCUUCUGUUAAUGGAGAUUCAGGGAAAGAAAAUAAAGGGAAACUUGGGAAUCCAACACACUUGAGAGAUGAGAGUAAGGUAGGUAAUGAAUCAAAGUUCAGUGUCACAUUUGAUUUGGACGAAGAGUUUGGAGCUCCGGGAGCAUUCAUCAUCAAGAACUUUAAUCCUAGUGAGUUCUUUCUCAAGAAACUGACUCUUGAAGUUGAAGUUGAUGAUCCAAGUCAUGGUGGCAUGCAUUUUGUCUGCAAUUCUUGGGUUUAUCCAGCUGAAAAGUACAAAUCGGACCGCAUAUUCUUUGUGAAUCAGGCUUGGCUUCCAAGUGAAACUCCUGUAAAAUUGCGCUGGUAUAGGGAAGAGGAAUUGUUGAACUUGAGAGGAAAUGGGAUUGGAAAGCUAGAGGAGUGGGACAGGGUUUACGACUAUGCUUAUUACAAUGACCUUGGAGAUCCUGAAAAGGGUUCAACUUAUGUCAGGCCAAUCCUAGGAGGAUCUACAAAGUAUCCUUAUCCGCGUAGAGGAAGAACCAGCAGACCACCAACAAAAACAGAUCCUAAUUCUGAGAGUCGGCUCCCACUGCUAAUGAGUUUUGGCAUUUAUGUUCCAAGGGAUGAAAAAUUUGCACCCUUAAAGAUGACAGACUUUAUUCGUAUAGCACUUAAGGUCAUCGUUCAGCUCCUUGUCCCCGAGCUUGAGUCUUUAGGAAACAUCAACCUCAAUGAGUUCAACAGCUUUGAAGAUAUUUUAAAAAUUUAUGGAGGAGGAAUCAAUCUUCCUGAAGAUGUUUUGCAGAGAAGUAGUACAGAGAUGAUCAAGGAAUUUAUUCAAAGUUCUGGUCAGGAGUUUCUUAAGUAUCCAAUGCCACAGGUUAUAAAAGAGGAUAAGUCAGCUUGGAGAACCGAUGAGGAAUUUGCAAGAGAGAUGCUUGCUGGAAUAAACCCUGUCUGCAUUUGUGGCCUUAAAGAGUUUCCUCCGACUAGUAAGCUGGACCCCAAAGUAUAUGGUGACCAAACUAGCAAUAUAACCAGAGAACAUAUUCAAAAUCAGUUGGAUGGACUCACUAUAGAAGAGGCGAUCAAGGCGAAUCAGCUUUUCAUAUUGAAUCAUCAUGACACAUUCAUGCCAUAUAUGAGGCAGAUCAAUAUGACAAGUACAAAAAUAUAUGCCUCAAGAACUCUCCUCUUUCUACAAAAAGAUGGGACUUUGAAGCUGCUAGGCAUUGAACUAAGCUUGCCUCAUCCUGAUGGAGAUCAGCAUGGUUUCAUUAGCAAAGUUUUUACACCACAGGAAUAUGGCACUGAGGCUUCGAUAUGGCAAUUGGCAAAAGCUUAUGUCGCAGUCAAUGACUCUGGAGUUCAUCAGCUAAUCAGCCACUGGUUACACACUCAUGCCACAAUAGAGCCAAUUGUGAUCGCGACAAACAGACAACUAAGUGUGUUUCAUCCUAUGUACAAGCUUUUGCAUCCUCACUUUCGUGAUACAAUGCACAUAAAUGCCUUAGCUAGACAGACUCUGCUUAAUGCUGGAGGAAUUCUUGAGCAAACAGUUUUCCCUACAAAAUAUGCCAUGGAGAUGACCUCAGCAGCUUACAAGGAUUGGGUUUUUCCUGAGCAGGCCCUUCCUGCUGAUCUUAUCAAGAGAGGUGUGGCAAUUGAGGAUCCUGAAUCAGAAAAAGGCAUCCGUCUUCUAAUCCAGGACUAUCCGUAUGCUGUGGAUGGGCUAGAAAUAUGGUCAGCUAUCAAAAGUUGGGUUCAGGAGUAUUGCACCAUCUAUUACAAAACAGAUGACAUGAUUCAGAAGGACACUGAACUUCAGGCCUGGUGGAAGGAACUCCAAGAAGAGGGACACGGUGACAAGAAAGACGAGCCAUGGUGGCCUAAAAUGCAGACCCUUAAAGAACUGACUGACUCAUGCACCAUAAUUAUCUGGAUUGCUUCUGCUCUUCAUGCAGCCAUCAAUUUUGGGCAGUAUCCUUAUGGUGGCUACCUACCAAACCGCCCCUCAAUGAGCCGAAAGCUCAUGCCUGAACCAGGCAGUCCCGAGUAUGAAGAGCUGAAGACGAACCCUGAAAAAGGAUAUCUGAGUACAAUUACACCACAACUUCAGACUCUCAUUGGAAUUUCUGCUAUAGAGAUUUUGUCAACACAUUCUUCAGAUGAAAUCUACCUUGGGCAAAGAGACACUCCUAAAUGGACUAAUGACAAAGAGCCAUUACAAGCUUUAGAAAGAUUUGGAAAGAAGCUAACUGAAAUUGAAGAAAAAAUUAUAAAGAUGAACAAUGACAAGAAAUGGAAGAACAGAAUGGGGCCUAUUAAGAUGCCAUAUACAUUGCUUUAUCCUAUAAGUGAACCAGGACUUACUGGAAAAGGAAUACCAAACAGUGUCUCAAUAUAA